UGACAUUCUUAUCCAAGAAUAUUUGGAAUCAAGAAAGUGUUUAUUUCCUGAGACUACACUCAAACCAAAACACCACUUCAUGCGGCACUAUCCGGCACUAAUCUUGAAAUUUGGCCCUUUAAUCAGAGUAUGGACGAUGCGUUUUGAAAGUAAACACAGCUACUUCAAAAGAUGUGCCAGGCAUUUGAAAAACUUCAAAAACAUCUGUCUGACUUUAGCUGAACGACAUCAGCUGUUUCAGGCAUAUCUUGCAGUUGGGCCAGGAUGCACUCAGCUCCUGCAAGUCAAAGACAGCUGUAUCUUUUACCCCAACCUCUACAGUGACGCAAUUAAACAUGCAGUCGGAGAGUUUGGCUUUGAUGAAAACAAUACUACUGUUUCCACCAACAUACAGUAUAAAGGCACAUCAUAUAAAAAAGGGAAUUUCCUUGUGUCAAAAAAUGAUGAGUCCAUGGAGUUUGGAGAACUUGUCAUCAUUCUGAUUAAAAAGGAAGCGGCUGUGUAUUUUGUCAUUGAUGUACAUGAAGCUGGCUAUCUUUCUGAAUACCAUAUGUACUCAGUGACAAAACGGAGUACAAGGAUGCAAUGUCUUAACAUUAAUGACUUGGUAGAUUUCUACCCAUUACCAUCAUACAUUGUGAACGGGUUACAAGUCAUUCCCCUAAAACACAGUGUGUUGUCGAAAUAAAUAUGAUCCUGGCCAGUGAGAUUAAGAAACUAUUCAAAAAAUAGUAUGCUUGGUAGAAAUAGAAAAACACCAUUUGAAAGUGGUCUUGGCUUUCCUUUUAAGAUGCAUAAAUGUCUAAAUCAUCACUCACAUAACACUUUUCAAGCAAGUAGAGUUUCAGCUUAACUAUGUGUUGAAUAACUUAUUUCUCUUCAGUUGUCAUUCUUCUUUGAUUAUAGAUAUGACUGACUUGGAGCAAUCGUUCCUACGCUCCGCAAUCACUGAGGUCUUGCCUGACCUUCCAGAGAUGAUAAAAGAUGUUUUAGAAGAGCACUUGCAAUCCCUUGGGGUAGAGACCUGUGAUGAUUUCCAGUUCAUUGAGGAAGCUGACUUGCUGUCUGCGCUGAGGCCAAUUCAAGCACGAAAAGUCGUUGCAGUCUUGAAACAGAGAUGGAAGUCAAGUAUUACAACCAGCAGCUCAUCUGAUGCUUCACCAGGACCUCCUCCAUCCUUGCAGUCUCUUUCACCAGGAAGUUCAACUCCAACCUCUUCAAACAGCAGCCAAAGCCCUCAUGUCGACUGGGUGGAUACCUUUGUGAUUCCGUGGGAUAAGUUCCCUGAGGAACUGACGCAGACUUUGGAGAGAGAAAAGCGACCAAGUCCACGACUGAGAAGGGAGAUGGUCCGCCUUGUGGUUCAAGUGAUGACACAAAAAAGUUCCUGCAUAAGUAGAAGGAGCUCUAUUGAAGUUGCAAAAAAGAUGGUAUCAAAAUAUCCCAAAUCAUUGCAAGACGUCAUAGAAGGAGACGUGAUUGGGCAAGGGUAUCACUCUCUUGUUAAGCAAUUGCAAAACCGAAUCGAGAAUAUGAAGCGAUCAACAACCCCAAAAAUAAGAAAGCGAAGGUAUUGCACUGAUGAUACUGACACAGAUGAAGUCCCCCCAGAAAAGAGAGCAGCGAUCCAGGACACUUAUGGGUGCAUAACCUGGGAUCCAAAAUUCCUUCCUCUUGGAGAGACCCCAGAGAGCCAGAAGGAAAAGAGAGAAAAAAUGAAGAGACCGGACGUUAAUUCAGAGGAGCUCAAAAGCCUAAUGAAGAACACUUUCUACUCCCAGCGUAAAGAAGUUAACCAAGGGAAAAACAUCAAGCAUCACCUGGAACAGUGGCCAUUUUUCUUUGAGGAACUUGGCAUGGCAGUCCACUUCAGGGAACUCACCGGAAUUGGGCUUCAAGAAACGUUCUCGAGGAAUCUGGAUAUGAAAGGGAAACGACUCCUGAACUACCUGAACACUGUUGCUGUCCACAAGAACAAAAGGUUCCUACAGGCUUUAACAAAGUUAAAAGCGAUGAGAGGAAAGCUGUGUGGUCUCUCUGAAGACGUCAAAGAGAUGGUGCUGCUUCUGUUGUCAUACUUCAAUGAGAAAGAAGACGCGAUGUUCUGUUACGUGGAGGACACGUGUCUGGCCGAGGAAAUACAGAUGGAAAAAGUCCACUUGACCCCUACCAUUGUUGUGUGUGGUAAGUAUCUUUUCUCAGUAAUUUAGUCAAAUUUGCCUUAAAAGGCUACAUUUCACUCUCCACCUAUAUACAACACACUGUAUCUAUGUUAAGCAAUUUAACAGACCUUAAACUGUUAAAGAAAAGUGCUUAAAAAGUUUUAAAUGUUUCAGGAAGACAUGCCUUUUAAUGUUAUGAUUUUUUCCUCUUUAGGACAAUCCUGCUUUUCUUCAAGGCGAACCAUGCUGAGCGUGGAUCGAAAUAUCGUCAACGACCACAUCCCCUCAUUCAUUUCUGCCCUGUGCUUGAUGUUUGGGAGCUUCUAUUGUUUCAACAUUCAUUACCCGUCAGAGCUGGCAUCAACGCUGGAGUUUCUGCAAAGGUGUUUUUUCUCCAUCAACCCAGAGAAGGGCACUAAAGUGGAGAAGACCCACACAUCCCGUCUUCACGUGAACCCAAGGGUCCUCACCUUGAUCCAGGAUCUUUCGGAUCAUGAAUGGUGCGAUGUCUGAACAUGGACUUAGUAAGACUCAGUAAGAUGUAUGGCAUGCCACUCACAGCUUGAAGGUUUAUAUCAGCCCAUUAUGUUCUUUGUAUUUCAGGCUUAAAGGGUAAUUCCGGUGUAAAAAGGAUUUGGGAUAUGUUUUGAAUGAUAACGAGUUGAAACAUUCGUUUUGGAGCACAAAAAUCGCAUAUAGACUCAUUCUUCAGUUGGCUGUUUUUAGCAGAUUCUAUCAAAACGCUAUAAACUUGGAACAAUGGGGGUACUGGUUAUGGUAAAAACUAAAUCGCUAUUUUAAACCACUUAAAAGUCUAAAAGUAGCCCGACACUUCUUGGGUAGUAUAAUAAGGGUCUUAAAAACGAGGCAUUGAGAACUUUGUAAGUGUACAGAUUGUUUAUUAUAAAGGACAUUUUAUAAACACAAUACAAUUAGUAGAUCACCCGUCAACGCCAUUUUGUUUUUAAGACUUGAUAGGUAGAUUGACGAGCACAGAAAUUAUGACAUCCGUCAGCAACACGCAAGCUCUGUGUUCGUCAAUCUACUUAUCGAGUCUUAAAAACAAAAUGGCGUUGACGGGUGAUCUACUUAUUGUAUUGUGUUUAUAAAAUGUCCUUUUUAAUAGACAAUCUGUACACUUACAAAGUUCUCAAUGCCUCGUUUUAUAUCUUAAGACCCUUAUUAUACUACCAAAGAAAUGUCGCGCUACUUUUAGCCUUUUAAGUGGUUCAAAAUAGCAUUACCAUAACCAGUGCCCCCAUUGUUCCAAGUUUAUAGCGUUUUGAUAGAAUAAGCUAAAAACAGCCAACUAAAGAAUGUGUAUCUGCGGUUUUUGUGGUCCAAAACGAACGUUUCUACUCGUUAUCAUAACAAAACAUCCCAAAUCCUUUUUACAUCGGAAUUACCUUUUAAACAGUGAGUAAAAGUUACAGAAUUUGUAUGCAAUUGUAAAGUUUUCUUUUUGUGUUUCCUCAUUAGUAUUAGUAUGGCUUGUUUUAAGAAAGUGGCCAUUUUGUAUAUUUCUAAUUAGAAAAUUAAGAAGGUAUUCUAAAAAUGCACAAAUAGUAAGAAUACCAUUUGAAAAGGUGAACGUGACCUUAGUUUUCCCUCUAAAUUAUCACUGUACACAAAGUUCAUCUUAUCUUCUAAUGUAUUAUGCUGACUCCAUCUUUGAAGGGUGUUAAGAAUUCUACUUGUCGGAAAGUCUGUCUUUAUCGUUCCUCUUUCAGUACCAACAAUAUGGCAACUAAUUGUUCAAAUGUCAUUUAUUGUGCUUGUGAAGUACAUUAUGACUGUUUGGAAAUGUAAAAUGUUACCUUCUGUGAGAAUAAUAAAUUCCUGGAAAGGCAAGUUAUUUGAUUUAUUUCCUCUUUAAGUGCACUAACCUAGUCAUUUUGAACACUGUUAACUCUGUUUUCCAAAUUCUUUGUAAAGGGCAAACAUUUACAAAAGAUGGCACUGCAGUUUAAAAGUCUGAAAUAUUGAAUCCGCCUGUAAUGUUUAGGAAAGUUAGUAUUCUGCUGAGAUCUGAUCCUAGCAAGUGGUGAACAUUUAUUUUUAGGCAGUUUCACUGUUAGAUUAAUACUCGGUUGGAGUCAAAACUAUUUUUUACGCCCUUUGUAAUAAAUACAUUUGCAGUAUUUAGGUAUUUUUACUAUAAAACUUUUCAGUAAAAAUGUCAAUGAAAUUUGGUUAAAACAACUGCGUUAUAAUGAGACUUUAACAGUCAAAAAAGGUUAUUAGGUUGAUAUUUCUUGUCAAAUUGAAUGGGCGUAAACAUACAAUUUACAACAAUUGCAUGUAAAUAUCACAGAAAUAAUUUGUUUUAACGGCAGCUUCGGCAUGUUAAUUCAGCAGAAAAGAGCUUUUAUAUAUGCAACAAUAGCAUGUAAAUAUCACAGAAAUAAUUUGUUUUAAUAGCAGCUUCGGCAUGUUAAUUCAGCAGAAAAUAGCUUUUAUAUAUGCAACAAUAGCAUGUAAAUAUCACAGAA